UGUAUUUGAUGAAGAUUGCUACCUGCUAGCAUAUCUUAAUAAGUUUCCCAUGUAGGAAUACAUAACAUACACCCAUUUGCUCAAGUCCACUCUGGCCCAUAUGAGUUUUCUUCAAUCACAUUCAAGCACACACAGAGAGCUGAAACCCAGUUUCAUUGUUCCUUCUGUCACCUGUCGCUGAAACCGUUUGAUUGUUUACGCAGAAAUGAUUUACAAGUUCAGCAAGUGAUGAGCUGUGAGAAUAACCUAUUCAUUAGGGUAGGCGUUCCCCGCGCUAUGUUGAAUGUGGUGCGAUUUUCGACGCAGAUGCAUAAUUUGCAGCUUAACUUAUCUCUUGGCCCUCCAAUUAAAAUAUAGGAGUUGACCUUCAUCACAGGCGCCGGAGCUUCUCUGCAUCUAUAUAUAAUGGACAUUCCCUGGCUUCUGAAAAAUCACCACAAAGCAGCAGGCCUUUGUCUUUGUGGGCUGAGUUUCUCCAGUAGUCAUACACUCAUACUUGUGUAUGUUUUCUUCCUUUCGUCUAUUAGUUCUUCAUUCACGGUGAAGAAUGAUAUGCAAUGAUCAGUGGUGUUGGCUGCUUCCAUUCUUGAUAUAUAUUGUUGUUCAUGCAUAUGAGUUUCUGAUUCCUUCCUUCAGUUCUGAAGAAGACCCUUGGUCUUGGUUUCCUUGAUGUAAUUUGUUUCAUUCAGUUCAGAGCUUAGUUGCACCAUGCAUGUAGAGGGUCAUGCAUGUCCAUGCAUGUCCAUGCGUGUGUGUAUGCUUUAUUUGAUUAUUAGUACUAAUGAUUUCUCCGUCUAAAUUACAUGGAGAGUUCGUUUACAUCUAACUUCAGUUCUGCACUAAUAUAUGUUAAUUAUCUCACUCGUUGCUUCAUCUUCAGGCAAACGUAUCCGUCUGCACAUAGGCGCACGCAACGUCCGCAAGAAUGCCGAGAACCGUGUCGGACGGAGGCGAAGAUUUCGAUGGCGACGUCUGCAGCCAGACGGCGUCGCAACGUCACACCGACAGCACCCACCACCACCAUGGCUACAAGGUCGGGUUCCCGCCGGCCAAGGGCGUCUUUGCCGAGUUUGCCGAGGGGGUGAAGGAGACGUUCUUCGCCGACGACCCGCUGCGGGAGUACAAGGACCAGCCGAGGUCCAAGAAGCUGUGGCUCAGCCUGGUGCACCUCUUCCCGGUGCUGGACUGGAGCAGGAGCUACACCUUCGGCAAGUUCAAGGGGGACUUGGUCGCCGGCCUCACCAUCGCCAGCCUCUGCAUACCUCAGGUAGCUGGCCGGCUGUUCUUCUUGCAUGCAGCAAUCACGGUACAGUUGGUUGGUUUGUCCACUCCGGCAUGCGUUCUCAUGGUGUCUACUCUUAUCUUGCACCAGGACAUUGGUUAUGCCAAGCUUGCCAACCUGCAGCCACAUGUUGGACUGUAUAGUAGCUUCGUCCCGCCUUUGAUAUACGCCCUGAUGGGCAGUUCCAGGGACAUAGCCAUCGGUCCAGUGGCCGUCGUGUCGCUGUUGCUCGGCACUCUCCUCCAGGAAGAGAUCGACCCCGUCAAGAAUCCACUUGAGUACAGCCGGCUGGCGUUCACCGCAACCUUCUUCGCAGGGAUCACUCAGGCAAUGCUCGGAUUCUUCAGGCUAGGGUUUAUCAUAGAGUUCUUGUCUCAUGCGGCCAUCGUCGGGUUCAUGGCCGGUGCCGCAAUCACCAUUGCCCUUCAGCAGCUGAAAGGCUUACUUGGCAUAGCGAAAUUCACUAAGAAGUCUGAUAUCAUAUCGGUCAUGGAAUCGGUAUGGGGAAAUGUUCAACAUGGGUGGAACUGGCAGACGAUAUUGAUUGGAUCGUCCUUCUUGGCAUUUCUUCUAACUACAAAAUACAUUGCCAAGAAGAAUAAAAAGCUCUUCUGGGUUUCUGCAAUCGCUCCUCUCAUUUCAGUGGUCAUAUCCACCUUUUGUGUGUACAUCACCCGUGCGGACAAGCAGGGCGUUGCAAUUGUCAAGAAUAUAAAACAAGGCAUCAAUCCACCUUCAUUUGAUCUCAUAUAUUGGUCUGGCCCAUACUUGGCGAAAGGAUUCAGAAUUGGUGUAGUAUCCGGAAUGGUUGCCCUUACGGAAGCAAUUGCAAUUGGAAGAACAUUUGCUGCCAUGAAGGACUACCAAAUAGACGGGAACAAAGAAAUGGUGGCUCUAGGAACCAUGAACAUUGUUGGUUCAAUGACUUCGUGCUACGUAGCCACAGGUUCUUUCUCACGAUCAGCAGUCAAUUACAUGGCUGGCUGCAAAACAGCGGUAUCCAAUGUUGUAAUGGCAAUUGUAGUGAUGCUCACACUAUUGUUGAUCACCCCAUUGUUCAAGUACACGCCGAAUGCGAUUCUAGCUUCUAUCAUCAUAAAUGCAGUGGUUAACCUAGUUGACUAUGAGACAGCCUACCUUAUCUGGAAGGUUGAUAAAAUGGACUUCGUGGCAUUGCUAGGAGCAUUCUUCGGGGUCGUAUUUGCAUCAGUGGAGUACGGCUUGCUCAUUGCGGUUGCAAUAUCUCUUGGCAAAAUUCUUCUCCAAGUGACAAGGCCGAGAACAGCUUUACUCGGCAACCUUCCAAGAACAACGAUCUACAGAAAUGUUGAACAAUACCCAGAAGCUACCAAGGUACCCGGGGUUAUGAUUGUGAGAGUGGACUCAGCCAUCUACUUCACAAACUCCAAUUAUGUUAAAGAGAGAAUCCUGAGGUGGCUGAGGGACGAGGAGGAACAACAGCAGGAACAGAAAUUGUCCAAAACAGAGUUUCUCAUUGUUGAGCUAUCUCCGGUAACUGAUAUCGACACAAGUGGAAUCCAUGCCUUGGAGGAGUUGUUGAAAGCACUUGAAAAGCGCAAAAUUCAGCUGAUCCUUGCCAAUCCCGGGCCAGCAGUGAUCCAGAAGCUGCGGUCAGCGAAAUUCACCGACCUCAUCGGCGAUGAUAAGAUAUUCCUGUCGGUCGGCGACGCGGUGAAGAAAUUUGCUCCCAAGUCUUCCCUGAACGUCUGAUGAAGGCGCGUCGAAUGAAGCGAUGUACAGGCGAAGCAAAGAGAUAUGUUGUGAUUCUUAUAGAGCAAGGAGCACAGAAGUACACGACAUAGUUCGUGCAAAGCUAUAGUGGAGGUGUGUGUGGAGUUGGAGCACAUAAGGUUUGCAAGGUGUGGUUGGUGAGAAAGGAGAAGAUGGUGGCCUAGGUGGACAUAAAGUGUGCGUGGUUGUGGUGUGUGUUGGCGAGCAGUUGGAUGUAGGUGUAUCAUGAUCCAUCUUUGGGUUUUUUUUCCUCCAGUUUUUUGGAUCUGUACCACUGUAUCUUGUUAGUGUUUGUACAUCAAGGCUUUAUAAAGAGGUUUUGCAUUUGGCUGA